AUGGCUGCGCCAAAGAUUGCACAGCGGGGAAUCCGCAUUGCCAUUGACCGUGGCGGCACAUUCACAGAUUGUGUAGGCAAUCCCGGAACAGGCAAGAUGGAAGAUGACGUUCUCAUCAAACUUCUUUCUGUUGACCCGUCAAACUACGAUGACGCGCCGCUCGAAGGUAUCCGUCGCCUCCUUUCCAAAUUCACAGGCACCGAAAUUCCUCGCGGACAGCCACUGGACACGUCCAAGAUUGAAAGCAUACGCAUGGGCACAACGGUGGCUACGAAUGCGCUGCUGGAGCGCAAGGGCGAGGAUAUCGCCAUGGUUGUGACAAAAGGUUUCAAGGACUGUCUCGAAAUCGGCAACCAAAGUCGGCCCAAUAUUUUCGCUCUGGAUAUCCGGAAGCCAGAGGUACUCUACAAAAAGGUAGUAGAGAUUGAUGAGCGUGUCACGCUGGAAGACUAUGCCGAGGACCCAGAAAGGAAUCAGACGCAAGCCGCCAGUAUUGAAGAGGCUGGCGAUGAAGCUGAAUUAGUCAAAGGAUUGUCGGGUGAGACAGUGCGCAUAUUACAAAGGCCGCAGGAACAAGCAAUUAGAAAGCAACUCAAAGAGGUGUAUGAUAGUGGGUUGAAGAGCAUAGCUGUGUGCUUGAUGCAUGGCUACACAUAUCCGAAGCAUGAAGCGCUAGUAGGCAAAAUUGCAAGGGAAAUUGGAUUCGAACAUGUCAGCUUAAGUCACGAGCUCAUGCCCAUGAUUAAGUUGGUUCCACGAGCAACCUCUGCAUGCGCAGAUGCCUAUCUAACACCCGCGAUACGAAAGUACAUCGAUGGCUUCUCCAAGGGCUUUGAAGGUGGCCUUGGUACCAAGAGCGUAAAGCGCGAAGAAGGCUCCAAGGGUGCACGAUGCGAGUUCAUGCAAUCUGAUGGCGGACUUGUCGAUGUCGAUAUGUUCUCGGGCCUUAAAGCCAUCCUGUCAGGACCUGCUGGUGGAGUCGUGGGCUAUGCACUAACGUCCUAUGAUCCACAGACCAAGAUACCCGUUAUUGGAUUCGAUAUGGGUGGUACCAGUACUGAUGUCAGCCGAUACGGCGCUGGACGAUACGAUCACGUCUUCGAGACUACAACUGCCGGAGUCACUAUCCAGUCACCGCAACUCGACAUCAACACAGUCGCAGCCGGUGGUGGAUCGCGUCUCUUCUGGAAGAACGGUCUUUUCGUUGUCGGCCCAGAAUCGGCAAGCGCACAUCCUGGCCCAGCAUGCUAUCGAAAAGGUGGCCCAUUGACUAUUACAGAUGCGAACCUGUUCCUUGGUCGGCUACUGCCUGACUUCUUUCCCAAGAUCUUCGGAAAGAAUGAGGAUGAAGGGCUGGACGCGCAAGCCAGCGAGAAGCUGUUCAAAGAAUUGGCAGAUCAAAUUAACAAGGAGAUCGCUGGAGGCAACAAGGAAAAGGAAAUGUCGUUGGAUGACAUUGCAAAUGGUUUCAUCAAGAUCGCAAACGAGACUAUGACGCGACCUAUUCGUAGUUUGACUGAAGCGCGAGGCCACGACACAUCAAAACACCGACUUGCAACCUUUGGCGGAGCCGGUGGACAGCACGCUGUUGCCAUCGCUGAGGCUCUCGGCAUUUCGCAGAUUCUUGUUCACAGAUACUCAUCAGUACUAUCCGCAUACGGCAUGGCCCUUGCUGAUGUCGUCGACGAAAGGCAAGAGCCAGAGUCGAAGGUCUGGUCAGAUGAAAAGGAUGUGAGGGAAUACUUGCAAGCCAAGAUGGCGGACUUGAAGAGUAAAUCAACAGCUACACUAAAGGAGCAGGGCUUUGAUGAAGAACACAUUCAGUUUGAGGAGUACCUGAACUUGCGAUACCGAGGGACUGAGUCAGCGCUCAUGAUCAUCAAGCCAACCAAAGAAGAGGCCCAGCAAGAGUAUGGUGGCGACGAGUGGGCCUUUGGGAAAGCCUUUAUUAAGCAACACGAGCAAGAGUUCGGUUUCACACUGCCAGACCGUGACAUCAUCGUGGAUGAUGUCAGAGCACGAGGCAUUGGAAAGUCCUUUGAAGGGUUGGAAAAGAGCGUGGAUCAGCAGCUGAAAGAGAUCAAACCCAAAGACCUUCAAGGCGACACAAAGCGAUACGAUACGCGCAAGGUGUUCUUCGAGGGUGGUCGGCAAGAUACGUCGGUGUACAAGCUUGAAGACCUUGAGGUUGGAGAUCGCCUAAAGGGCCCUGCCAUCAUUGCAGACGGCACACAAACUAUCGUCGUUACUCCUGGCGCUACUGCGCUCAUAAUUAACACGCAUGUUGUGAUAAACAUCGGUGAGACCGAAGAUCAAGAAAAACAGAUUGACACAAAGGAAGUCGAUCCAAUUCUGCUGAGUAUCUUCGCUCACAGGUUCAUGGCUAUUGCUGAGCAGAUGGGUCGCGCGCUGCAGAAGACUAGUGUGUCUACCAACGUCAAGGAGCGAUUGGACUACUCUUGCGCGCUUUUCGACGCAGAUGGCGGACUAGUCGCAAAUGCACCCCAUCUUCCUGUCCAUCUUGGAAGCAUGUCAACAUGUGUCCGCAAACAAGCAGCUAUCUGGAAAGGCAAGCUCAAAAAGGGGGACGUACUGGUUUCUAACCAUCCUAUGUUUGGCGGUACACAUCUACCAGAUAUCACCGUUAUAACACCAGCAUUCAGUGGUGACAACAUUGUCUUCUAUGUCGCCUCUCGUGCACAUCAUGCUGAUAUCGGUGGCAUCCUUCCUGGUUCGAUGCCUCCAGCUUCUAAGGAGCUCUACCAAGAAGGCGCUGCUAUCAAAUCAGAGAAGCUCGUAUCAGAAGGCCACUUCAACGAAGAGCGCAUCACAGAGCUACUGCUCGAUGAACCAGGUCAAUAUCCUGGAUGCUCUGGCACUCGAUGCCUGAGUGACAACAUCAACGAUCUGAAAGCUCAAGUCGCCGCUAACCAGAAGGGUAUCAAUCUCAUCAGUACGCUCAUGUCCGACUACGGCGAGGAAGUCGUCAAGUUCUACAUGACCAGCAUCCAAGCCAAUGCCGAGAAAUCUGUGCGAGCGUUACUCAAAGACGUGUACAAGCGCUUUGAGGGCCAAGACCUCAGUGCGGAGGAAUUCAUGGACGAUGGAAGUCCUAUCCGCCUCAAGGUCUCCAUUGACCCAGAAAAGGGCGAAGCUGUCUUUGACUUUUCAGGAACAGGCCCUGAAGUCUACGGCAACAUCAACGCCCCUGAAGCCGUCACGUACUCGGCUAUUAUCUACUGUCUGCGAUGUCUGAUCAGUGAGGAUAUCCCAUUGAACCAAGGUUGCUUGAAGCCAAUCCACGUUCUCAUUCCUAAGAAAUCUUUCCUCUCACCAUCGGAUAAUGCGGCUGUUGUGGGAGGCAACGUACUUACGAGUCAGCGCGUCACAGACGUCGUGUUGAAGGCUUUCCGUGCGUGUGCCGCCAGCCAAGGCGAUUGCAACAACCUUACCUUUGGUUUUGGCGGUACAACAUUCGGGGAAGGAGAGAAGAGCGGAGAGAGAAAAGAGACCAAGGGAUUUGGAUACUACGAGACCAUCGCUGGAGGGUCUGGUGCAGGGCCAACAUGGAACGGAACCAGCGGCGUGCAUACACAUAUGACCAACACUCGCAUUACCGACUCCGAAGUGUUUGAGCGCCGAUACCCUGUUCUGCUCCGAGAAUUCUCACUUAGACAAGGUAGUGCAGGACGCGGAAUGCACAUUGGUGGCGAAGGAGUCAUCCGUGACAUCGAGUUCCGCAUCCCAGUCCAAGUCAGCAUUUUGAGCGAAAGAAGAGUUUACCAUCCAUACGGUAUGGAAGGCGGAGGCGACGCCGCCUGCGGUCUCAAUAUCUGGGUCCGCAAAACUCUGGAGAAGAAGGAUGCUGCGAGGGACAGGAAAGAAGAUGUUGAGUAUAGGUACAUCAAUCUUGGUGCGAAGAAUACGGCUAGUAUGCGGCCUGGUGAGCGCAUCAUUAUUCAUACGCCUGGAGGUGGUGGGUGGGGCAAGGAAGGAGAGCAGAGUAGGCUGCAGGAUAAGAAAGAUCCGAAGCAGAGCUGGAAGGGAGGAAGUGUGGCGGGUCGACAGAGUACGGCUGAGGCGAGCGUGUAG